CGUUUUUCGUUGUUUUUACUUAAAAUAAUGUUUGUAAUGUGAGAUAUAAAACAGUACAUUUUUACUUUGCUGAAAAACAAUGUUUCAAAUGCGUAAGUUCUCUGCACUUGUGAAGCAGCUGCAGCAAUUGAGAAAACUAUCAGCUACAAGUAUUCGACGUGAAAAAGGAAAUCUUUCGAAAGUCGACCCAUACAGUAAAAUAACAAUUAAGUGCAAUUACGAUCUGAAAAUCGUUCCAUAUGACCUGCUGGAUUGUCCUGAUUCGAAUCUUCUGAAGAUUACCGUUAGUAACGCGGGCCGUGAACCUAAAGUAAAAAUCAGCGGAACCGAUGUAUCGAUUGUGGAUAGCGGUGAUGUUCCUGUACCUUGCCUUUUGCAGAUACCGAUUAAAGCCGAUCUAGUUGUGGAAAAUCAUGGAGAUUCGGCGAUAUCGGAAUUGUACAGUGAUACAGUACGCAUUCAAUCAAGAGGAAAUAUAAAAACCAAAAAUAUUCGCAGUUCUCUUAUAGAUUUGCACAGCGAAACGGGAGACGUUUCCUGUCUCGGAACUACACUGGGCCAAACAGUUAAAGUGUUAACAGGCGAUAAGGGAAAAAUUCUGCUAGAAAAGCUUCAGGGCGAUAAAUUUGAAGCAGAAAGUAAUCUCGGAUCUAUCACUGUAAACUGCAGUUACUCUAAUACUUCAUUCUUUAAAACUAGUCAGGGAGAUUUGCUACUUAAAAAUAUUCAUAAAUAUUGCCACGUUCGGACUGAAGGAAAGGGAAAGCUUAUCAUGAACGGCUUUUACGGCACUCUUCAAGCAGAAGUCGGUAGCGAAGAAGUGAGUUUACAGCUGUCGGAAAUUCACGGUCAGUCGAAGGUUGUAGCCAAAAAUGCCAACGACCUAUGCUUGGCAGUAAGCGAAAAUGUAAUCGAAAAUGCAGAAAUUGCGGUCAACAGUGAGUUGGUCGAGAUAGAGCCCGAACUAGAUGGGAUUCAAAUAGCGAGUGAACUGGAGAGGUUACGCCUGGGAAACGAGUCGUCUGAGAAUAAAUUGGAGAUCUUUAGCGGUAAACUGGUACGAGUAAAAAAGAUGUCCUGGAUGGAUACGUUUGGGUUUGCUGUUAAAAGUGACUAGUACUAAUUCUGGUUGAUUUAAAUAUAUGUAGGCACAGUGAUAAGUAAUUACAAUUCUUGUAUUUACAGAUGAAAAUACAAA